CUCGCAUUCCACGCUACUGGCGCAUAAGUUGCGUGACUAGAAGCUCUCCAGCUUACCAUAAUCCAAUUUAUUCGGUGCACAGAGAUAAGACCUUAUCAUGCUAUCCCCCCUCCCCUCUUUACCAACACCUUAGGCGUUCUUCUAGACCCACAACUUUUCAAGACAUGCAUAUCGUGCUGAGAAUUGUUGCCGCAAAUCUGGUCUUUUUAGCUCAGGCCAGAGCGUGCUGUUCAUGCGAAUGUACGGCGAACGAAGGCGAGCGGAGAGCUGCCAGUUGGAAGCGCGAGGCUGAGGGCAAACGGAAUAUGCCUAUGCCUAUGAAUGGGUAUAAACAGCUACAGUCGCCCCAAGAAGGUACUGCGGUGCUGAGCCUCACAGUUACAGUACGUCCGAUCGGCAUCGGGCCGGUCCUUGUUCGCUGCGCUAGAAGCGGCUUAGCGCAAACUAUUCUCGUUAAGCGCCGAACUGCCUCAGCUUCUGGACUAUCCAAUUUCUUUCUCGCGCGAUGCGCAUUAGAGCAUCACGCGACGAUGCUGGCGUGAAGCGGAUUGAUGAUUGAGAGACAGGAGAAUAACGGAGUGGAAGAGGACUGAGGUGAUAGCUUGCAGUGGGUGCGCUGGAUGGGGAAACGGGCUCGGGGAUCAAGGGUGCAGGGCUGAUGCGUGGUUACCGAAUAGAUGUCG